CGGAGCCGCCGGGCCGGCGAGCCGAGGAGCAGGUGCUGGAAACCCAGCCGCGCCAGCGUCGCGCGGCCGCUGCCCAAGUUCGCCCGGGGGCCCCGAGGAGGGCCGGGCAGGCGGGAGGCGAGCGCAGCCGGCGCGGCCGCCACCGCUGGGCUGAGAGUCUCCAGAGGAGCCGGGCGCGCGGAGCAGCGAGUCCGGGUCACCCCCGAGAGGAGUAGCCGGGGCUCCGCAGUCCCCAGCUCCUGGAGCACCGGGGCAGGAAAAAGAAGAGGCGAGGAACGGCGAGAUCGGGCUUUUCUGGAGAUUCGAGGCACUUCGCAGAGCCGUGCCGGGGAGAGAAGCGACACUUCCCUUUGGCCAGCAGCUUUGAUGGAGCCCGUCGGCCGGCAGCCUCCGGCGGGACCCUGAGACGCCCCCAGCCCCGGGCGAGGGCCGUCACAUUGCAACGCAGGACGCGGGCGGCGCAGGACUCGGGGGAGCCUUAGCAGGUCUUCACCGAGCGCAGCCGGCGGAGCAGUUAGGAGGGUCCCGGAGGAAAGGGAAAGAGGGCCAGCAGGGCGACCGCUGAUCCCGGUACACACCCACCCCACCCGCCCAGCCAGGAGCGGCCGCGAGCCUCUGGGGGCGCUCGUCCCCCGGCACCUUCUCCCCACCGUGUCCCAGCACCGCGGGCCACCGGCGGGGGGCCCUUGGGGAUGUCCGAAUCAGGCAUGGUGGCCGAGUGGCUGCUCUCCCGGGACCAGCGUAAAAGCUGGGGUUAGGCGGAGCCCGGAGGGACUCAGCUCAGGGUACCCCGAGGUCCAGGACAAGGGGACGCGGGUGCAGCACCCAGGGACCGGAGAGGCGGCGCCCAGCGGGGCCGCUCCAAAGGCAGUGGCCGGCGUCGGGCAUCCUCAGGAGGACUCGGAGCCAGGAGAGCCUGGGAGGCGCUCGGGAAGGCCCGUGCCAGGGGCGGCGGGCCGAGGCGGGCUCGGUCCCGGGCGGACGCCCGCGGAGGCGGCGGUGGCGGCGCCGGGCGGGCAUGCCGCGCCACCGGAGCUCCUUUCGGGCGCACGCUUCCCUGGCGCGGGCUGCGCGCGGCGGCUGCCGCUGCUGCUUCCAUCGCUGCUGCGGACUUCCAUGGCGGCUCCGCCCGGCCGGGGCCGCCGCCGCUGCCGCCAGCCGCGGACUGAAUGAAUGAGCCGGAGCGGCGGAGCCGGGCGGCCCGCGGCCGCACUCACCGGCCCGGGACGCUUCCGCAUGGCCCGCGAGGAACCGGCGCCCGCGGCGGUGGCGGCGGCCGGGCAGCCCGGGGGCGGCCGGGGCGGCGAGCGCGAGCGAGCGCUGCAGGGGCCGGGGGGCGCCCGCAGGGGGCGGCCGUCGCUGAGCCGCGCUAAACUGCACGGGCUGCGGCACAUGUGCGCGGGGCGCGCGGCGCCCGGGGGCUCCUUCCAGCGGCGGGCGCUCUGGGUGCUGGCCUUCUGCACGUCCCUCGGCUUGCUGCUGUCCUGGUCCUCGAACCGCCUGCUCUACUGGCUCAGCUUCCCGUCGCACACGCGUGUGCACCGCGAGUGGAGCCGCCAGCUGCCCUUCCCCGCCGUCACCGUGUGCAACAACAACCCGCUGCGCUUCCCGCGCCUCUCCAAGGGGGACCUCUACUACGCCGGCCACUGGCUCGGGCUGCUGCUGCCCAACCGCACGGCGCGCCCGCUGGUCAGCGAGCUGCUGCGGGGGGACGAGCCGCGCCGCCAGUGGUUCCGCAAGCUGGCCGACUUCCGCCUCUUCCUGCCUCCCCGCCACUUCGAGGGCAUCAGCGCCGCCUUCAUGGACCGCCUGGGCCACCAGCUCGAGGACAUGCUGCUCUCCUGCAAGUACCGCGGCGAGCUCUGCGGGCCGCACAACUUCUCCUCCGUGUUUACAAAAUAUGGGAAGUGUUACAUGUUUAACUCAGGCGAGGAUGGCAAGCCUCUGCUCACCACGGUCAAGGGGGGUACAGGCAACGGGCUGGAGAUCAUGCUGGACAUUCAGCAGGAUGAGUACCUGCCCAUCUGGGGCGAGACAGAGGAAACGACGUUUGAAGCAGGCGUGAAGGUUCAGAUCCACAGUCAGUCUGAGCCGCCUUUCAUCCAAGAGCUGGGCUUUGGUGUGGCACCAGGGUUCCAGACUUUCGUGGCCACACAGGAGCAGAGGCUCACAUACCUGCCCCCGCCGUGGGGCGAGUGCCGGUCCUCCGAGAUGGGGCUCGACUUCUUUCCCGUUUACAGCAUCACCGCCUGUAGGAUCGACUGUGAGACCCGCUACAUCGUGGAGAACUGCAACUGUCGCAUGGUCCACAUGCCAGGGGAUGCCCCUUUCUGUACCCCUGAGCAGCACAAGGAGUGUGCAGAGCCUGCCCUAGGUCUGCUGGCAGAAAAGGACAGUAAUUACUGUCUCUGCAGGACCCCCUGCAACCUGACCCGCUACAACAAAGAGCUCUCCAUGGUGAAGAUCCCCAGCAAGACAUCAGCCAAGUACCUCGAGAAGAAGUUUAACAAAUCAGAAAAAUAUAUCUCAGAAAACAUCCUCGUUCUGGAUAUAUUUUUUGAAGCUCUCAAUUAUGAGACCAUCGAACAGAAGAAGGCAUAUGAAGUCGCUGCCUUACUUGGUGAUAUUGGUGGUCAGAUGGGACUGUUCAUUGGUGCUAGUAUCCUUACAAUACUAGAGCUCUUUGAUUAUAUUUAUGAGCUGAUCAAAGAGAAGCUAUUAGACCUGCUUGGCAAAGAAGAGGAGGAAGGGAGCCACGAUGAGAAUGUGAGCACUUGUGACACGAUGCCAAACCACUCCGAAACCAUCAGCCACACUGUGAACGUGCCCCUGCAGACGGCCCUGGGGACCUUGGAGGAGAUUGCUUGCUGACGGCCCUCGGACGACCCGGCACCACCACCCCCCACCCCCAAAGAGACCUGGCCUGGGACCAGGACAGGGGACCGCAGGCUCAGGUGGGGUGGCCCCUGCCCACCGAUGGAAAGAAGCAAGAGCCCCCUAUGCACACAUAGCAAACUCUGCUGAAACCUCGCUCCGGCCACGUCUGGCACGACGCGUCCUCGGGCCCCGCCGCCGCCGCGCGUCCGACCCUCUUAGGAGAAGCGAGUCCCGCCCUGAAACUGUCCGAGAACCGACCCGCCGUCACAUCUCACUGCCAGACGUACGAAGCACUGCAUGCUCCGACCCUCACGGCCCCGCGUCCGCGUCUUUCUCUGUCCGCGACCCUCGCCGUGCGGUUUCCAGCAGCCCUGCAGGGGGACCGGGUUCCAGCGCCGAGGUGCACCACCACGAGGCCGCGCAGGAAUCACACCUGCACACUCCAGAGGGAACCCGCAGAGCCCUGGACGCUGUCCGGUCCUCCUGUCGUUUGUGAAGGUUCUUAACCUGCCCACCCAGCCCGCCCUCCGCCUCCCCACGCCGGCCCACAGGGUGCCCGGGGCCGCCCUCCUCCCCUCCCAGGGGCCCGAGACGGAGGGGCGGCGGCCGGGGGGACACAGCCGCGGGGCCCACGCCGUCGGCUCUCCCUGUGACACGGCUUGUACAGUCUGAUUCUGUCUCUUCGCGAGGGGGGGGCUUUUUGUUUGUUUGUUUGUCGGAGAUAUGUUUCCUUUCCUUUUCUGAAUCUGGGUUUCGAUGUUCCGAGCUUUGGUUUGGUUUUUCCAUUUUCUCUGGCGUUUAUUUAUUCGUGCUUCCAAUCACGGUCAUAUUAAA